AAUUAAGUCUUGAAAUGCAUUGGAGAGAAAGGUCCUCUAACAUUACCUCAGUCUAUGUUUCUCUUCUCUUGGGGGUAGUGUCAUGUCUACACCCCCUCAUAUGUUCUCUAAACAACAGGAAGUAGGUAGAAAAUUGAGAGCUCACAUACUGUAGAUGAAAUGUUAUUUGCAAAAGGCUGUGCAGUAGUAGAACAUGAUGCACAUUUAACCACUGCUUAGUUUAUAUUAAAAGUAGACGUCAAAUCAAUGUCAAGAUCCAGGAAGGACUAACCAGAAUAAAAAGACAACAGCACUGCCUCUUAUCAUUCAGAAUGAAUAACUUUUAUGCCUUGUUUUGUCUUCUACAUGUUUUUAGGAUAGAUGGAAUACGGAUCAAUGUAGAGGGAGUCGAGGGGGGAGAUGUCUCUUUCCAGUGUUCACACAAACUUGCUUGGAAGAGCGAUAAAUACCUCUGCAAGGCUUCAUGUAAUAGAAUUGAAGAUAGAGUGGUUACUGUACAGUCUGGUGCAAGAGCCGAGUCGGGGAGGAUAACUCUUGUGGACUCUGGGGACGGAGCCUUCUCCGUGACCUUCAGACAACUCCAGCUGUCAGACAAGGGGAGAUACUGGUGUGCAGUGGACAGGAUCGGUUUUGACACAUACACUGAAGUACAGCUUACUGUUAAAGAAGGUGUUACUAAUGAGACAAGAACUGUCAAACCUAAACUUUCUCACACAUGGACAUAUGAGAAUAGGUCCAACUCAACACGGUUACCAUCUGUAAUGGAGACCAGCAGCCCUGCAAUACUUUCAACAGCCACAAACAACAUUAAUGGAGGAGAUCAGAACAUCAGUUCAGGCACCGUGUUGUACGCUACAGUUGGGCCACUAGGCUUGGUCACUAUUGUAAUGCUGGGAAUGAUCGUCAGGAAAUGUAGACAGAGCUCAAAACCUCAAACCCGAGAUUGCUCCAACUGCACAGACCUCGUCGGUGCAGACAAAAGAAAGGCCACCUAUGAGAACAAUGAAAUUGUUGAGCAAGGGAAGACGUUGAAAAAUUCAUCUCAGACGGUCUCCUGUACUCAGCACCCAAAGCGGGAUCCACCAACAUCUGCUUCCACAACACCUGACCUUCAUAUAUAUGAGAACAUUUGCUGCUCUAAAGGCACUGAACAUCCAAGAUGCCCUGGGAAUAACAAUGGAGAUGAACAGCAUACUAACGCUGUGAUUUACAUCAAACCGUUACCACCUUUAUCGGGAAGAACCGAACAGAGAACAGAAACUACAAAUGCCAAAUUUACAGAGAACUGUAAAAGCAAUGCACACACCUCUCACUCCAGCGCUUCCACAGAAGUAAUGCCAAGAUCACGUAGGUUUGGUUUGGAUUUAUCAAAAACAGUGUGAGUUUGAGUAUGAUUGGUGGGAUUUUAAAGUUUGACAUUAAUAGACAACUGAACUGUACUUUCUAAUCUGCUUCUUUAGUGUUAACCCACAUUCAUCUUUCACUUUAAACUGGUUGUUACAUGCCAGGCAUGCUGUACUUGAGGUGUGGUUUCCCCUCCUGUUCUUUUCUCUUCUGCCCCUCUCUUCACUGCAGCUAAUCAGCAGCUGAUCAGUACCUGCUGGUGCACCAGAGACUGAUGGCUGAUUGGAUCCCCUCACCCUGAGCUGGCCAAUCAGCAGGCAGGGCUGGUCAUAAAGAAAUCAGCCAGGAUGCUUUCUCUCUCUCUGACCUGGGCCUGCUACUGACACCAUAGCCUGCAUGACCAUUUUUGGUAGUGUCUGAUUCUAGAGAGAAUCUUGUUUCUGUUUACUGUGAAUGUGUGUGUGGUGGGAGGUGGAGGUGUUGGGUAAAUUUGGGGUACCCUCUACAUCUCAUCACGUAGUUAAAACCUGUUAGACACACUAGGUUAGUGUAUUGUUGCCACCCCUGUGUUUUGCUUUCCAUCCUUAGUAGUGCCGCCUCCUCCUCCUCCUCCUCGGAGAACUUCUGGGAAAAUAUUCUGUUUUAAAAGGAAUAAACCUUUGAUAACUAUCA